AUGAAAUAUUCACUUUUGUUGGCAUUGGGUACGCUACUGUUGGUCCCAGUUUGGGGUUGUUUUAAGUCCGGCGGAUCUUCACAGACCAAAAAUACAGAAAAGCAUAAAGCAGAAAUUGUACCACAAACAACCAAAGUGGAACUGGAAACCGAAGCUGAAUUCACGACUGCUCAACUGACGACAGCUGAACCCACGACACUGGAUUGCCCGAAAAUGAUUCAAAACGUGGUAAACAGCUGUUACGGCAGUGCGAUAGAAUUGAAGUAUUGUGCCGACACCACAACGAUCCAAACGUGUCAAAAAUGCUCUUCCUGUUUGACAAAAGCUCAGGAAUGCAUGCUUAACAAGUUGCAAGAACAACCGGUAUUCGGCUGCCCGCAAGCUAGACAAUCGGUUGCAUCACUUAAACGCUUACUGCAAAAAUGA